AUAAUUCAUAAAUUUCUAAGAUCUCAAUAAUGAAAUAUGAGAUUUAGAUUUAUCAAUUACAAAAUGAAUGACGAAAAUGCAGAUUUAAAACCUUUGAUCGAGACUAGCAUCCCUGAAAACAAAAAUCCUGAUAAACUAGCUAGGAAAAAAUUAUCAGCAUUGCAUGCAGCUCAAUACUGCAUUACAUUUAUAAUAUUAGAUGUUGCAAAACAAGUUGUCACUUAUUCUAUCAAAUACUACAACAAUGGUCUAUAUCCAUUACCACAAACUCAAAUCGUGGCAUGGAUUGAAGCCAUAAAGCUACUAUGCUGUGCUAUUGCCCUAUUCUAUUCUUAUCAUCACAAUCAUAAUAAAUCAAAGUUCAAGCUGAGCCCUCUAUUCGCCAUACCCGCUCUCAUCUAUUCGCUCAACAAUAACCUCUAUCUAAUAGCCCUCAACUACACGACCCCACCAAUUUGGCUAAUGCUAAUCCAAUCCAGGGUAUUCUUAACCGCUCUCGUUUACAGAUUUUGGUUUGGAAAACGGCUCACGAGGUUGCAAUGGUUUUCGCUGGGGCUCCUAGUAUCGAGUUUGUAUUGUUUGACUCUCAUGAAUACGACUCCUCAAUCAUCAGCCAUCGUCGAUAUUAAAAGCCACACCUCAUCUAACCUCAACAAAGGUGGCUUAGGGAACGAUGAAGAUAAUGGUGGCACACAAGUCGGUAGUGAAGUACUACAUAUUCCGGAUAGUGAACAGGACAUCAAACCUAGGUCUAAGAGGGAAGCCGAUUCCCUUCAAGAAAAGAAAUACGUUUCACCCAUGCCACCUUCUCCACCCAGUUCCGUCCCGGGUAACGUUACAGCGAAGAAAGUCGAAUCAAAAUUAGGAGGGCUGUCACUAGUGGCUAUUCUAUUGAGUUUGUUGUCCGCGUCGCUUUCUGUCACCGCCUCCAUCAUAACAGAGUAUUUUUUCAAAAACGACAAACGGCCUUUCAUGGAACAACAAGUCCAAAUGUAUAUUUUCAGCUUCGCCCUUAGCUCAAUCUUUUGCUUCUUCGAACCGAACACCUCGUUUUCUCGCAUUCUUACGCUUCAAAUAUCCCCGGACCAUCUUAUACCUAUUCCAGGUAUAUUCACGCUUCUUAUUGCCACGCUAUUAUUGGGAGCAUUAGGGGGUCUGGCUGUGGCCGCUAUAGUGAAAAAUCUAGACAAUAUCGUCAAAAUAUAUUGCUCUUCCUUGGGUAAUAUGGGUACCGCUCUCUUUUCUUGGGCACUUUUUCCUGAUAGGUUUACGCUCGACGCUUAUUAUUCCGCCUCACUCGCGCUUUUAUUCGCGGCAAUAUAUCUUUACGAAUCACCCGCCAAAAAAUAACACAAGAAAAAACGAUAACAAUGACUUAUUUUAAAAAAAACUACCAAAAAAAGAUGGGGGAAGGUAGGAGGUAGAGGGUGUUUAUGAAUCCUACUUAAUUAGGCUAGAAACACGUAAUUUUCCUGGGUACACUUCUAAACCUCAAAUAGAUUUUUUUUUAAAAAAUCUCUCUCUUUGAAUCUAUUAAUUUUUUUUCCCCCUAUUUUUUAUAUAAAUUUUUUUUCAAUAACAAUGAUUAUAUAUUAUUAUUUUUUAAAAAGUGUAUUUACUAGAUAGAAAAGCUCAUAAUUUUUAUAUUUCUU